GUCCAACAUGGCGGUCGUGUAGCUUGGCUGAGUGUGUUGUGGAAAACCGCGUUAAAGUUAAGAGAGUUCCGCUCUAAUUAAGUGGCAAAAGAGCUAAACAGAUUGUUGUGUAAAGACGGCAGACACCGGCUUUUGGAAAUGAAGGGGAAAGAGCGCUCUCCGGUGAAGAAACGGUCCCGGGCGCCAGAUGACUGCAGAGACCGAGGAGGAAGCAAGAAGCCCGGAGCCCUGUCGACGGCUGGCAGCAACAACGGCUCCUCAAACAGCGGAGCUUCAUCCAGGAGGAGCUUACACGGUGAGAAAAGAGACAUGAGGGAUUCAGACGGACACAAUUCAUCCGGUCGGACCGGCAGUGGCUACGAAUACGGAGUAGUUUCUGGGAACAAGCCGUACGGAGGCGCUGACAUCGAGGCGGAAACAUCCAGGUCGGGUUCACGCAGCGACCUACGGCCUCCGUCUAACCCAGAAAACGAGUACAAGACUCUCAAAAUAAGUGAACUGGGUAACCAGCUGAACGACGAGGAGAUAGAGGACGGGCUGUUUCACGAGUUUAAGAGGUUUGGAGACGUGAGUGUUAAAAUCAGUCGAGAAAACGAGGACCGGGUGGCAUAUGUAAACUUCAGGAGGCCGGAUGACGCCCGGUCGGCCAAACACGCCCGCGGCAAGCUGGUGCUGUACGACCGGCCUCUGAAGAUAGAGACAGUUUACACCAACAGACUCAGGAGCCGCUCCCCUGUUUCUAAAGACAAUUUCCCUCCAGGACACAGGCAUCUCCACUCACAGAGGCCUCUGUCUCCCACUGGCAUGGGGUACAGAGACUACCGGUUACAGCAGCUGGCUCUGGGCCGUCUCCCCCCACCUCCUCCUCCUCCCCCUCCUCCUCCACCACCUCACAUUAGAGACCUGGAGAGGGAGAGAGAUUUUUCAGUAUAUGAUGCCAGGAAUAGACCCCCGUUCAUCCCUGAAUGUGCCGUUUUCCGUGAGGAGGACCUGAUGACCCCUAAGGAUGACCAGAGGGCGAACAGGACUUUGUUUCUGGGUAAUCUGGAUGUCAGUGUGACAGAGAGUGACCUGAGGAGGGCGUUUGACAGGUUCGGGGUGAUAACAGAGGUGGACAUAAAGCGGGCCGUGAGAGACCAGAACAACACCUAUGGGUUCAUGAAGUUUGAGAAUCUGGACAUGGCUCACCGUGCCAAAGUAGCGAUGUCAGGGAAGGUGGUGGGCCACAACCCAAUAAAAAUUGGCUAUGGUAAACCCACACCCACAACCAGGCUUUGGGUAGGGGGCCUCGGACCCUGGGUUUCACUUGCUGCACUGGCCAAGGAGUUUGACCGCUUUGGCACCAUCAGGACUAUAGACUACAGGAAGGGAGAGGUGUGGGCUUACAUCCAGUAUGAAAGUUUGGAUGCUGCUCAGGCUGCAUGCACUCACAUGAGAGGCUUCCCUCUCGGUGGGCCUGACAGGAGACUCAGGGUGGAUUUCGCAGACACAGAGCACCGCUACCAGCAGCAGCAGUAUGUACAGCUUCCCCUCCCUCUGCCACACUAUGACUUUGUUCCUGAGCCCUUUGCCCAUCGCCUGUCAGACCCCGUGAGGGUGAGGGAGAGAUCUCCACCAAUUCCUGCUCGCUUCAGAGAGAGGGACUUGUACUCAAGCGCUGAAUGGCCGGGCAUGGGCGUGCACGACAGGAUGAGAGGAGCAGGAUUUGACCCCAUGGGUCGUCUGGAUAGGCGUCCCCAUGAGCCCUGGUCGAUAGAGCGUGAGCGUGAGCUUCAAGGCAGAGAUCUAAGCCGCAAGCGGAGACAUUUGGAUGAUGGCAGCCGGCUGGAUCAUUCACCUGAUAACAGUAACUUUGGUCUGCGCCGCCAUGGCAAGUCAUUAGAGCGCAGCCCUGGAGGCAACAGCCGCGAUGGUGGGCGCUGCAGUGAUCCUGAACGCCUGUCUCGCUCUGGCAGAACGUCCCCUGUCCGAGAUCGCCAGAACACUGGCUUUGGAGACAAGAGAAGAAAAACACUGAGCCCAGCGGCCCCAGGCUCUGAGAAGGACCGCCAAUUCAAAGCCAGCGAUGCAGCGAGGAAGGAGGAACAUCCGUCCUCCAAAUCUGGGCAGCAGUCUAAGCCCGCAGCUGCAGGACAGAAGCUGAGUCAGGUCUGGCAGGGCGUCCUCCUGCUGAAGAACAGCAGCUUUCCCACAUCCCUGCACCUGCUGGAGGGGGACAUAGCGGUGGCUUCCAGUCUGCUGCUGCAGGGCUCUGCAGGCAGUGCAGCGUCCCAGCUGAAGAUCAGCCAGCGCCUGCGCCUCGACCAGCCCAAACUGGAUGAAGUUUCUCGUCGCAUCAAGGCCGCCGGCUCCAGCGGAUACGCCAUCCUCAUGGCCGUGCCCGGGAGAUCUGAGGAGGGAGCGACCCAGGACGCCAACAGCUCGGAGAGACCACUGAAAAACCUGGUGUCCUACCUGAAGCAGAAGGAGGCGGCCGGCAUCAUCAGCCUCCCUGUGGGGGGGGGUCGUGACAAGGACCACGGAGGAGUCCUUCAUGCUUUCCCCCCAUGUGAGUUCUCAAAGCAGUUCGUGGAUGCCUCUGCUCUAGCCUUUGCCAAAUCAGAGGACGAUUACAUGGUGAUGGUCAUUAUCAGAGGAGCAUCAUGAAAACAAAGCCUAAAUGUUUCUCUCUACGCUCAUGAACUGUUGCAUUGUGGGUUGUAAAAACAGAUAGAAGUUAUAAUGAAAACAGAGGAAAUGAUAGGGAUCAGUUUACUUGUUGGAAGUUUAUGGAAAUCAAAGUCACAUGGUAUUGAACACAUUUUGAUGAUUUGAUAAAUGUGAUGAUUAUUCCGGUGACACUGUUUUCAGAUAAAUGUGCAUUACUUGAAGGGUACUUUGCUUAAAGUAAUUCAGAGCAAGCUACAGUUCUGUGAAUCAGUACUAUAUGUUGCCUUAUAUCAAUUAAAAAGAAACACAAGUCCUUUAUAUACUUUCAUACACUGCCUGCCGAUAACAAAACCUAACUUAAGAUUCAAAACAAAAAAUAGUGCUUUCAUUUGAUGUGUACUCGGCAUAGAGUUAACCCAUGUUUGUUGUGCUAUAAUGUUUGUACAGCCAGUCUAUGAAAGAAUUCAAUCCAAGUCAUGUACAGAAGAUUUAAGAUAUAUAUCUACUCGCUCUAAAGCUUACGGAUGAUACGCAGAUUCCAGAUGUGUAUUUUCUUUCUGACCAAGUAAACAUUUGAUUCAGAUUUUCAUUUAUAACAGCUUUUCUAUUUUUGUCAUAUUUGGCCCCUCCUGCUUAAAGCUCUCAAAAAACUGUGCAAAGACAUUGUGUUAAACAUUAAGGGUUAUGGUUCAAUAGAUAACAUUAAACUUGAGUUCUCAUUUGAAGCCACAUCUGGAGGCUAGUGUGUCGGUACAAGGUUAACGUGUUUUUUACUGUCUGUUCUCACAAUUUUCAAGUGUGUAGUGGUGGACCCCUUUACAUUAUAGCACAGUUAAAUACAAUACAAAAGGUACAGGCUUUAUAAAGCUAGUUAAAAUUGACUUCAAAUUGUGUUAGAGCAGACGCUCUGUCUUUAUUUCUGACUUCAUGCUUUUGAACUGUUUUUAUGUUAUGAGGUAAUAUUUAGAGCUGAAACUAAUUAUUUUAAUUUACUGGAUGUUUUUGUUGAUUUAAUUCAACAACUAUUCGGUCAAUAAAACAUCAGAAAAGAGUGGGGGAAAUCCACAUCAUCACAAAGUAAUGAUCUUCAGAUAGCUUUUAUGUUCCCAUCAACAGUCCACAACCUGACGAUAUCAUAAUAUAGAAUUGAUUAUGAAAAUUGUUUUACAUUUUAUACCAAUUAACUGAUCAUUUCAGCUCUAAAUAUUAUUGUGGAGUCUCAAAACACCUAAUGUUGCAAGCUGUGUUGUAGAGGAGUUUUCCGAGUGGCAGAUUAUACAUGGCUGUGUUUGUGUCCCCCCUUUUUAUAUUGUUCUUUGACAAACUUCAAUUUGGUUAAACAGUAAUUGGUUAAUACAUUUCUCACUUUUUUAUAAUCCACUAAUUACAUAUACUACCCCAGCACAGCAUGUACUGUUUCAAAGGAUUCACGUGACCUAUAAAUUAAGCCGUUCACAUUUCUUAUGACUGAUCAGGAGUGUAGAAGUAGAUGUCACACUAUCAAAGGACUUCUGAAUAAUGAGGCUGAUCUCCAGUCCCCACCUUCCUCUGACAGGACUUUGAAUGAUUGUUUUUUAUGCUUUGAUAUAAAUACUGUUUCAAAAGGAGAAAAAAGAAAUGAUUUGUGCUGUAUACUCAGGAUAUCUGGAGAAAGAAAUGGAGAACAUCAGUGCUCUUGGGCCUAAGAAGUAUACCUGACUGUCACAGUGUGACAUGCACUUGAUAGAUUUUGUCUCAAUAAAUUUGCUCUUACGUGGGAAA